GUCACGUGGUCCGCGCCGCUCCGAGGGCACCUGAGGGCGGAUUCCGCAGGCCCUGGGUCUUCCAGGUGGAAGUGGCCGCAUCCGUGGACAGGUUUAGCAGCGACAGAGGCAGGACAUUUUACUUCAAAUAAGAAACAUGGUGAAACUAAUCCACACAUUAGCUGAUCAUGGUGACGAUGUCAACUGCUGUGCAUUCUCCUCUUCCCUCUUGGCCACUUGCUCUUUGGACAAAACAAUUCGCCUGUACUCCCUCAGUGACUUUACUGAACUGCCCCACUCACCAUUGAAGCUUCACACCUAUGCUGUCCACUGCUGCUGUUUCUCCCCUUCAGGACAUAUUUUGGCUUCCUGUUCAACAGAUGGUACCACUGUCCUAUGGAAUACUCAAAAUGGAGAGCCUUUGGCAGUGAUGGAACAGCCCAGUGGUAGCCCCGUGAGGGUUUGCCAGUUUUCCCCAGACUCCACUUGUUUGGUGUCAGGCGCAGCUGAUGGAACGGUUGUUUUGUGGAAUGCUCAGUCAUACAAGUUAUAUAGGUGUGGUAGUGUUAAGGAUGGCUCCUUGGUGGCCUGUGCAUUUUCUCCUGAUGGAAACCUCUUUGUCACUGGCUCCUCGUGUGGAGAUUUAACAGUGUGGGAUGAUAAAAUGAGGUGUUUGCAUAGUGAAAAAGCACAUGAUCUUGGAAUUACCUGCUGUGAUUUUUCUUCACAGCCAGUUUCUGAUGGAGAGCAAGGUCUUCAGUAUUUUCGAUUGGCAUCAUGUGGUCAGGAUUGCCAGAUCAAAAUUUGGGUUGUUUCUUUUACCCAUAUCUUAGGUUUUGAAUUAAAAUAUAAAAGUACACUGAGUGGGCACUGUGCUCCUGUUCUGGCUUGUGCUUUUUCUCAUAAUGGGCAGAUGCUAGUCUCGGGAUCAGUGGAUAAAUCUGUCAUAGUGUAUGAUACUAAUACUGAGAAUAUACUUCACACAUUGACUCAGCACACCAGGUAUGUCACAACUUGUGCCUUUGCACCCAAUAUCCUUUUACUUGCUACUGGUUCAAUGGACAAAACAGUGAACAUCUGGCAAUUUGAUCUGGAAACACCUUGCCAAGCAAGGAGCACAGAAGACGAGGCGAAGCAAUUUCCUGAAGACUGGUCAGAGGAUGAUGUUUCAGUGUGGCUUUGUGCCCAAGGUUUAAAUGACCUUGUUGGUAUUUUCAAAAUGAAUAACAUUGAUGGAAGAGAAUUGUUGAAUCUCACCAAAGAAAGUCUGGCUGAUGAUUUGAAAAUUGAAUCUCUAGGGCUGCGGAGUAAAGUGCUGAGGAAAAUUGAAGAGCUCAGGACAGAGGUGAAAACCCUUUCUUCUGGAAUUCCUGAUGAAUUUCUAUGUCCAAUAACUAGGGAGCUUAUGAAAGAUCCUGUCAUUGCAUCAGACGGCUAUUCAUAUGAAAAGGAAGCAAUGGAAAAUUGGAUCAGCAAAAAGAAACGUACAAGUCCCAUGACAAAUCUUGUUCUUCCUUCAGUGGUACUUACACCAAACAGGACUCUGAAAAUGGCCAUUAGCCGAUGGCUGGAGACACAUCAAAAAUAAAAUAGUUUAUAUUGUAUAUAUUUUUCAGUGAUCUCAUUUGAAUGAUUUCAAGGUAAAUACUAAUCAGAUAUUAAAGCAAAACAGGAGAAAAGUGAAUUUACUUACCUGUAAAAACUUAUUCUUUGAAUUAUAUGGACAAAAUAACAUGUCUGACCUCCUUUCCUACUAUAAAAGCCUUUUUUGUAUGUGAAAGAUAUCUUAAUCUGUGGAGAAAUAAAGUUUUACUUUGACUUAAAAUUGCAA